AAAAUAAAACCCUGUCUUCACUCUUCACUCUUCACUGGAGCUGAAUUUCCAUGCCACCAUGUUCCUCUUGAAACCCGCAUGCCUAGUUCUCUUCCUCAUUUCCUCCGCGCUCAGCCAAGGGGACCCACACCCCCAAUCCCUCACUUACCUGUGGCCUCUCCCCGCGCAAUUCGCUUCCGGCGACGACGUUCUCUCCGUUGACCCCGCCCUCACGCUCUCCGUCGCCGGCAACGGCGGCGCCUCCCCCAUUCUCAGAGCCGCCUUCGACCGCUACCGACGGAUCGUCUUCGACCACGCCGGGUACGGCUACGGCUACGGCUUCAUCAGAAAGCUCAGGGAACGCUUGCCGUUGGUGUCUGUUACUCAGUACGAUGUUGUCACUUUGAAUGUCACUGUCCAUUCCGACAACGACGAGCUUCAACUUGGAGUGGAUGAAAGCUAUACCUUGGUGGUUCCUAAAGCCAAAGAAUCUUCACAAGUCACACUUGAGGCAAAUACUGUUUAUGGUGCAUUGCGUGGGUUAGAGACAUUCAGCCAGUUGUGUUCUUUCGAUUAUACAACUAAAACAGUAAAAAUAUACAAGGCACCUUGGUCCAUCCAAGAUAAACCUAGAUUUGCAUUUCGUGGGCUUUUGUUGGAUACAUCAAGGCACUAUUUUCCAAUUAAUGUAAUUAAGCAGAUUAUUGAAGCUAUGUCCUAUGCUAAACUCAAUGUUCUACAUUGGCACAUCAUAGACGAGGAGUCAUUUCCUCUUGAGGUACCUACAUAUCCAAAAUUGUGGAAAGGUUCAUAUACAAAGUGGGAACGUUACACAGUAGAAGAUGCAUAUGAUAUUGUCAACUUCGCCAAAAUGAGAGGCAUAAAUGUGAUGGCGGAAGUAGAUGUCCCUGGUCAUGCAGAAUCAUGGGGUGCUGGAUAUCCUGAUCUUUGGCCGUCACCUUCCUGUAGGGAGCCACUAGAUGUUUCAAAGACUUUUACUUUUGAUGUCAUUUCUGGUAUUCUGACAGAUAUGAGAAAGAUUUUCCCAUUUGAGCUAUUUCACUUGGGUGGUGAUGAAGUUAAUACAGAUUGCUGGAGAAGUACUUCUCAUAUAAAGGGAUGGCUUCAGAAUCACAACAUGACUACUAACGAUGCCUAUCAAUAUUUUGUACUGAAGGCCCAAGAGAUAGCUGUUUCAAAAAAUUGGAGUCCAGUAAACUGGGAGGAAACCUUCAAUACAUUUCCAUCAAAACUCCAUCCCAAAACCAUAGUGCAUAACUGGUUGGGCCCCGGUGUUUGUCCAAAGGUUGUAGCAAAAGGUUUCAGGUGCAUUUACAGUAACCAGGGUGUAUGGUAUCUUGACCAUCUGGAUGUACCUUGGGAUGAGGUCUAUACUGCUGAGCCACUAGAGGGAAUAAAUACAGCUUCCGAACAAGAACUUGUAAUUGGAGGAGAAGUUUGCAUGUGGGGUGAGACAGUUGAUACAUCCAAUGUUCAGCAAACAAUAUGGCCACGAGCUGCUGCAGCAGCAGAACGCUUAUGGAGUCAAAGAGAUUCUACUUCUCCGCAAAAUGUUACCUUAACUGCAUUGCCCCGGUUUCAAAACUUCAGAUGUCUAUUGAAUAAACGAGGGGUUCCAGCUGCUCCAGUCACAAAUUUUUAUGCUAGAAGGGCACCUGUUGGUCCAGGGUCAUGUUAUGAGCAAUAAUCAUUAUCAUGCUUCAUAUGUCCUCGUGUAACCUGGUAUGAAAGUAACUGAUGUUCAUCUACUUUACCUGGUUGAUGAGCUAGAAUCAUUAUUCAGACGCUCAACUGCAAGCCAUUGAUGUCAGAACUCUUUAAUGUACUGGCAACAACCAUAUUGUAAUGCAAUUUAAUGUUGAACUAAAUAAAUCGUAUCCAGUUUACAUUUUUUAAUGUGUUUCUUAAAGCAAAUUAUAUAGACUUGUAAAUGCUUGAGCUUGUUCAGUACAAAAUGUUCUUAAAAGAUUUUAGCAGCACCAAAACCUGGAUCAUAAUCUUAA